GCUAACAGCUGACUGAAAUAUAUAAAUAUUUAGCAAUUUGUUUUUGUGCCUGCUAGGGAAUUGUGCUUUCAUUUAUUAAAAAAAAAUAAGUAAACCACUAAGGCACAUACAUAACGAGCUAUAGUGCGUCAGUAAUGGAUUACACAUCAUGCUGCAACGCAAAGAAACGAUAGCUUCUCUGGCCAAUUGGAAGACAGCUGUUUUGAACAGGCAAUUCGUCUAGAAAAGUUCAUCAACAAUCCAAGAAGUAGCUGAAGGCAUCCCAGUAGUAACUGCAUCCAAUGCGCCAGUAGCAUUUGACCCGAAGAAUCCCCUGAUUGUGGCCAUUGCCAUGUCCGUGUCCCUGGAGACUUACACCCGGCGGGAGCUGUGAUGGAGCGCUAGGUUCUGGCCAGGAUGUGGCCAGCCGCCCUGACACGCCUGCUGCGACGCCGGAUUGUGUACAUCGUGCUGGUGGUACUGCUGCUCAUCUACGGAUUCGGACACAUUUUCGAUCGGGACUCCUUUUCGGGCCUGCACUAUGACGAGUACAUGGUGCAGCGCACCCGUCCGCUCUUGUGGACGCAGCAGCUCCUGGGGCCGGAGGAGCAGCUCAAUCGCACGCGCGGCGAUCCGGAAGCACGCUGCCGCAACUCUGUCCAGGGCCGCCAAUGGCUGGCCGACGAACGAGGAUUCGUGUGCCGACGCGAGGAGGUGCUAACCAACGGCUGCUGCAAUCUGGAACUGUCCGGCAUUGGAUACUACAGUUGCCGCACAUGCAACACCAGCACCCACUGUUGUGGUGUGUACGAGUAUUGCGUCUCCUGCUGCCUGCACCCAGGACAGCAGCCGCUGCUGGAGCGCGUCCUGCUGGCGCCCAACACGCCCAAGUACAUAUUCGCCACCGUGACGGACCACUUCGAGCUAUGCCUGGUCAAAUGUCGUACAAACUCACACUCCGUGGAGCACGAGAACAAGUACCGCGAUCCGGCAGCCAAGCAUUGUUAUGGUCUAACCGAGGCGCACGAAUCCCAGCGGGAUGUGGCGCCCCAGGGAGCCAGUCGCAGCUGACCACCGCAUCCCGUCCACCGUCCAAUGCGAUGACUCUGCCUUCUGUACAAAGCUUUCGGCCGGAGCAAAUUUAGACGUUCAACUGAUGAGCUUUACCUCGAACUAGAAAUGAGAAAGUUUUUAGUUAUCAGCUGGUUCGUUGGCAAUAUUUUACUAAGUCAGGGAUCGCUUUAGGUUAGAAGUAAUAUGUUUUUUCUUUAAUUUUCUGCAUAUUUAUAGUAAACUAUUCAUGAACAAUAAUUGUAAAACACAAUCGAACAUACAUACAUAUGCUAAAUUGAAUUUAGUUUGUUUCUUUAGCUUACUUAGACAUUGUAAAUAAAUAAAUAGCUCUCUGUUAUGUUUUAUUUCAUUUCAUUCAUUUCAUUUUAUAACGUACUAUUGUAAAUAAUUUAUGUCUAGCCAUAAGCCAUU